GUUCCUAGCUUAGUUUUCAUUUGUCACUUUCCUAUUUUUUCAGAUGUGACUUUCCAGCCCACACCUGCUCUGACAUACCGUACCACAGGGGGAAUUCUGGAUUUUUAUGUGUUCUUGGGGCCAACUCCAGAACUUGUCACUCAACAGUACAUAGAGGUGAUUGGCCGACCCGUGAUGGUACCUUACUGGUCCCUGGGGUUCCAGCUGUGUCGCUAUGGAUAUGAGAAUGAUUCUGAGAUUUCCAGCUUGUAUGAUGAGAUGGUGGCUGCCCAGAUCCCCUAUGUAUGUCUCAGUAUUGGUGCACUGGCUCUAUGA